CACUACGAAGACCGAAGUUGUUCAGGAUGCGAUCGAACUCGACGUGACCAGUAAACAUCGUCCACAAGAUGGUGCUCCACGAAGUGUCCGCCCAAGCACCGCUGCAGGUGGUGGUGCUGCCAUUGGUGUUGGAGUCCCUGUCCACAAUUCAAAACAUGAUGACGGGUUAUCGCUACAUUCCGAUUCGAUUGAUGGGGAUGAUUCUUCAAGUCAGAAGCCUAAUGGGGGUCGAAAAGCGGAAUGGCCAUCACGAAGUCUAUAGAGUUCCUAUUCUUUGUGCUCAAUGCGUGUUUUCGUAUUCCAUCAUAAACUACUUAUGUUUAGCCGAGCGGCGAACUGGUCCGACACUGUGAUGGCCUAUCAACGGACCGGUUUGUGUGGACAAAUAUCUUGCAGGAAGGUUCCAGCGUUGCAGGAUUUCAUAAUGCGUGCCAUCAUUUGUUGGCGGUCAUCCCUCUUUGUAAAGCAACGUCUCCGCCGUGAUAGUUUCUUACCUCCGAUGUUCCCGCCAGGAAGGAGACGGCAUGAAUUGACCAACCACACACCAUCACCGACAUCCAGGUGUGCGUCGACGAUGUUGCAGUUUCGCUGUACAAGUGAUCGACCGCACCAAAUAACAAUGUCCUGGGACCCAUGUAUUCGCUCCUCACGAUGCUUUCUGGAUCAGAAUUGGCAGUUACUGGUAUUGUCUACUACGAUCACAGGGAAUAACCCAGAAGUGCUGAUCCGGGGUACAAAAAUGGAGUCGUAGGAGGUAGCAACAUAAAGGAUUCCGAAAUGAAUAGAGCAAUGGUCUUCGCUAUUGAUACUGCGGCACAAUCAUCUAUUCGUCAGAUGAUGUACCGCAGUGCGUAACGUCCUACAUUUAUAGAGAGGAGAGUUU